AUGCUCCUCCUGCUAAGCUUUUCUCUGCUCCUUCUACUUGGCGCCCUUCUGCUCCUCCUGCCAAGUCUUCCUCUGUUCCUCCUGCCUCCUGCUCCUCUGCUCCUCCUGCUCAGCCCUCUGCUCCUCUUCCUCCCCCUGAGUCUCCUCCUCACUUUCCCGGAGCCUGCCCCGCUGUUCCCUGGACCGGUCCCGGACUGGGUGGUGGAGAUGGAGGCGUACCUGAAGGAGCGGGAGCUGCCCUGGAAGGAGCAGAGAAGAUGGAGACACUCCAACGAUAAAGGAGAGAAGCCUUUACCAGAGAGCAGAGGCACUCAACAAAACCCUGGCAACAAAGUCCACUCCCUCCAGAAGACCAGAGGCUGA